AUGGCUGAAGGAGGCUCGGAGAGUGUAGAUAUUUCACUUUCUAUGGGCAUAGUCCGAAAAAGAGUUCAAGGAAACUGUUUUGUGACCAUUGGGGGUGCAUCGAUCAUAAAAUACCCUUCGUCGCAAAAGGAAAGUCCGCCAGACCCUAGUCAGAACGCCGCGUCGGUCGAACAAAAAAACUACAAAACAGUGGUAGUUACAACCAGUGAAGUAGUUUCUAAAGCGGAUUUAACCUCCAGCACACCUUGGAGGGUAGAAUUCCUACCCGACAAGUGGUAUAAACGCAACACUGAAAAAUUCAGCCUUGUCGGUGUCGAGUUCAUGGAAAUGCAGCAUCUUUCUAAUGAAGCGUCAAGUCUCAUGUUAUUUCCGACAGAAUCAUUGCACAAGGAAACGUGGUUUCCACAAUUCAUAUCCGGAAAUGAUUGGGCAUCAAAUCGAUCCCAAUCAUGCUAUCAGGCACAAAGAAAAACGAAGGUAAAAGACACCAAGAUCGAGCUCAUUUGCCAUGUCUUGGUGGCAAAUGACGCGACAGGGAAGUUUCACGUCGCAUGUUACGUCCUCUCUGCAGACAAACGUGGCUCGUACUAUCUACACCCCCACGGCAACAAAGCUAAACUAAAAAAGUUAGACGACUUCCAGCCAACAGAGAGACCGAAAGGCUCAGUCAUCCUAAACGAAGACGGAUACGUCGUUGGAUUUCUUGCGUUUAGUGAUACUGAUGAGAUCCAUCCAUUGUUUUUACCUGAUUACCUCCAAGAUAACGACGUUCCAAGACAGGCCUUAUCGACUGAGGCUACCCAUAACCCUGAGGACCAUAACCAAAACAAAACCGACAAGAAUCUCAUGUUACAAGUCACCAUAAGAAAUAAACAGAUUGUUGGAAGUCAAAAUGAACCACAGGAGAUGUCUUACACAUCACACAACAGAGAUUUACUCAAGAAGUCUUUAAGUGAGCAGUUGACACCCAGGGCACGAAGGAGGCUCUUUCACUGCCAAAGUGUGUUGGAGCCGAUUCCUCUCAACGAAGAAACAUUGGUUGGAAAAACCAUAUUAGAGGGUCACGUCUUCAUAAAAGACAAACUCUCCUAUUUCUUGGAUACAUCUUUUAAGCGUGUUCAAAACUGGAGGUACUUGGCUGAGCUUAAUGGAGUUUCCACUGACCAGUCACAGGAGCGCCUCUCUAAGUCUGAAGCACUAUUUGAGGUGGUAGUGUCGCGCAAUCCAAACCUCUUGAUUGGUGAUGUGAAAGCCCUCCUAAGCAAUCUGAAAAUGAUUGAAGUGAGGAGUUACUUAAACAGUCAUGAUGAUAAAAUCAAGAUUAAAGACUUUUUACAAAGUGAGGAUCCAAUCAUCCUAAGUGAAGUUUUCCUCAAGCUUGACCAUCAACCAGACAGCAAAUGGCAAAGUUUGGGACUCAAGCUGGGUAUGGAGCAUGACGACCUACAGCAAAUAAAGAUUGAUUGUGCAAAUCAGAACGAAAAUCCAGCCCAUGGGCUAAUAGAGUACAUUUAUCGCAGAGACCCAACAAUGACCAUGGCCAUAUUCAAGAAACAUUUGACAAAUAUUCAAAGAAAUGAUGUGGAGUAUAAACUGGACAGCAUGAAAGAUACAUUGACGAUUAAGGAUUUGUUCGAUGAUUUGGAUUUGAUGCGAGUGAUAACAAGCAUGCUGAAUGGGCCUGAUGAUUCACCCAUUAAGAACUACAAGUAUCUAGCUAGUGAAUGUCAGGUAUCCAGCGAUUUGUACCAGAGCCUUCAGCCACCCUGUCCAGAAAGCCCCACUGCAUUAGUGCUGGAGGAGAUCGUAAGUCAAAGACCAACUUUUACCAUGGAGCAGCUCCUGGCGAAUUUGCGCGACAUGGAACGCGUAGACGCCAUUCAGGGCAUUUCCUCCUAUUUUGUGGAGGAGGAUAUACUAGCAAUGAAGAGAAAACUACGGAUUGGUUAUGAGUAAUAUGUCUCAGCCAGCCAUGCAGGUAUCCUGA